AUGGAGGCUUCAUAUGGAUCAAGUUCUUCAACUCGGAGGCGUAAUGUUGGAGAGUCUACUGAUCGAGUAUGUAUUUGUGGAAACAAUCUGAAGCUUUGUACUUCGUGGACAAAUCAAAACCCAGGGCGUAGGUAUUGGAUAUGUUCCAAUGAAAAGGGGUUAAGAAAUUGUUCAUUUUUCGAGUGGUUAGAUCCUCCCAUGUAUUCAAGAUCAGAAAUGAUAAUUCAUGGCUUGCUAAAGAGGAUAAACAAUGCUAAACAAGAAAUUCAACGGUUGACUCGGCAACUUGACGAUAAUCGAUCAAAGGGCAAGAAGAACAUGUGUAUAGGGUUACUAGUAUUGGUUGUACUUUUGGUUUUUAUUUGGUAA